AUGACCAUCACUCUCAACAACCUGCCUGAUGACCUGUUGAUCUAUGCCAUCACAUUUCUCUCUAUCCCCGAUAUUCUGCUUCUCCAUCAGACUUGUACUCGGUUUAAUGCACUCACAAGGCUAGAGAUUGUAUGGAUCAAUGCAUUCAAACUCAACAUUCUCUCCAAUGAUUACCCCUGUCCCAUUGAUGACACCAAUCUUGAACAGCACACAUGUCAUUCCUACCAACUUGUGUCUCAAUGGCUCACAGACUCUCCUCUGACCCCCAUGAGUGAGAUAAAAUUCACUGGCUUGCCUAUAAAUGAUAUCAAAUUCAUACCAGGACAGCAACACAAGUGGAUUCUAAUAGUAUCAUGUAGGACCAAGAAGGUGCUGAUGGUCUGGGAUAUCACAUGCAUGCACAAGUGCUCAGAGUGGUCACCCAAAGAUGAGAAGCCAUUCACUGAGAUAAUUCUUAAUAAAGACCCUGAGUCUGAAGUGAGCAUUGUGGUCACAUUGGAUGGAUCUGAACAAAUUUUGUUCCUCCAUCUCAACAACAAUGGAACCUUGCAUGAAAUCCAUGACAUCAAUGUCAGUUUCCACCCAGUCAGCCUGAAUGGUGAUAUUGUAGCUUUCAGUGAUGACAUUUCCAAAACAUUGCUCUACAACUGGAAGGCAGAGGAGUGGGACUACCUCAAUGACAGAGGCGAUAUGCAGGACAACAAUUGCAAAUAUAUCAUCUUUUCCCCAACCUCCAUUGUCAUCAUCCAUGCCAACACUCUUAGUGUCUAUGUCUUGCCACCCCUCUUUGGCCAAACUAACACCCCCAUUAUGACAAACCUUUUUGACUGGCACAUUAGCACCAGCACAACACCUACAUCCCUCCCCACACUUUCUGAAAGCUACAGACCAUAG